UAUCCCCCUCAUCAUGCCUGCGGUUCGAGCAAUAUAUAAAUGCACCAGCGAUUGACAGAACGUACAGUUCACGUUUUGACGUCUCUUACGCUCCUUUUACGCGUGCAUACUUAGGGCCACUAGUGUACACGUGACUACAUACACCACGUGCUUUAGUCGUAAAGACACGUAUGUCAAAUCACAGUAAAUAAUCUGACACUAUGGAAUCUUGUGAUAUUCUAUUUUAUAAAUUUUCAAUUUUUAAUCGUAAAUCUGAUUGUUUCAUUUCAUUUGGUUUUCUGUUUCUUUUAUUAAUAUCGGUUGGAUUCGCUGAAUUAACUGUUGAUAAACCUGAAAGAAUAUUACUGGAUUUUCUGUCAAAACCCUUUGCACCCCUCGAUGGAGCGUCAGAAGAGUGCCUCAAAGACAGCUCUGUUUACUUGAAAGAACUUAAUCGUUAUACACCAUGGGCACUGCAGAUGUACGACGCCUCAGUGAAAAUUCCACCAGGCGUAAUUACGGGCAAUUAUCAGCAACUAGGUAAUUAUGAUGAAUGUUUACAAGUGAAAAAUGAACACGGAUUCACCGGGAAGGCUUGCAGCGCCACGGUAAAUUUUGAAAUCGCCAAGGACAAUGGUAAACCACGCCAACUUGAUAUAGGUGAUCUACUUCUGAAUAUAGCCAUUGCCUCGGGACACACGAGCUGGAAAUCGGGCCGUUCGUCGAACUACGAAUGGAUGUGGUGUGUUCCGUCAAGUUGCAAUCAAACAGAUAUCCAGGAGGCGCUCGAACUCAGCCUCGACCCUCUGAAGGUAGAGGACCGCGUGGAUAUGGUGGUAAAUGUUUCGUGUCGGACCGCAGAGACAGAUCAAGCUGUAUUUGACAUAAGUGAUUGGAUUUACAUAUCGAUCUUGGUGAUAUUCGUAAUAGUCAUAAUUGCCAGCACGAGUUACGACAUGGCUAAACAAGGCCAUCUGAGUACGUUGAACCAAAAAGAUAAGAAACAUAUCCUUUUGACUUCAUUCUCUGUUUAUACAAAUGGAAAAAACUUAUUAAAAACGAACAGGCAUUAUAAUUCAAUCAAUUGCCUUGAUGGACUACGUUAUAUCAGUAUUUGUUGGAUUAUUUAUGGUCAUACUUAUUAUACAGAAGUGGUCGGGGUUAAAAUGAAUUUGAACGAGAUUUUACAGAUGCAUAAAAAUUGGGCUAGUAUACUAGUACUCAAUGCAAACCUCAUUACCGAUACAUUCUUUCUCAUAAGCGGUAUUCUAAUAGCGUACACGACUUUAAUAAAAAAGGAGAAAAAUCCAAGAGAAUAUUUCAAAGUGAUCGGUCUUUAUCUUCAUCGUUAUUUAAGAUUAACUCCGGCUUAUGCUAUGAUGAUUGGAUUUUAUGCCACUUUGUUUUACAAAGUUAGCUCAGGCCCCCAUUGGGAUCAAUGGAUAGGUGCCAAUAGAGAUUAUUGUCGAGAAAACUGGUGGACAAACUUACUUUACUUGAACAAUUAUAUCCAUCUACCUAGAAUCUGCAUGUCUCAAUCUUGGUAUUUGGCAACCGAAAUGCAACUCGUCUGGCUGUCGCCGAUUUUCUUAUACCCUAUGCUCAAGUUCACGCGAGAAAUUUUCUUCUGGCUCGUUUUCCUGUUAGGUCUAAUUACCUCCAUUCUAAUACCAUUCCUAAUAACAUUCAAUCUCAGGCUCAAUGGAACUAUGCUCUAUUACAAGGAUAAUACUGAUUUGGUCAACGUAUAUAUGCAAAUUUAUACAAAAGUUUACAAUAGAUAUGGAUCUUAUAUUAUUGGUAUUGCUCUUGGUUAUCUAUUGUACAAAAACAAGUCAAAAAAUGUAAAAAUUCAUACCAUAUAUGUGAUUCUUGGUUGGCUAAUAGCUAUAGCUUCUGGUUUUUUCAUAUUCAUGUGCCCUUUAUGGAUGUAUUUUGAUAAUUAUUCUUACAAUGAAUUAGAAGCGAGUUUUUAUGCAGGUUUUCAUAGACAAAUUUUUGCACUUUCCAUUUCUUGGCUUAUUUUUUGCUGUGCUCAUGGUUAUGGAGGUUUCGUGAAUCAUUUUCUUUCUUGGAAAGGUUGGGUUCCUUUCAGUAAAUUAACUUAUAGCGCUUAUCUGUGCCAUUUCGUGUUUUUAUUAGUAGAAGCUGGAUCAGUUCGUACUACUGGUAUAAUUUCGACUAUGGCAAUUCUUCGCAGCUUCUUCAGUAACCUCUGUCUUACAAUGCUUCUUUCUGCGCUUUGGACAUUGUGUUUCGAAAUGCCAUUUAUGACGUUAGAUCGUGCCUUUCUGUCUCAUAAGAAUCAAUCGAAUCUAUCUUCUAAACAAAACCAAGAAAAAAUAUUUGGUUCUACCGAUUCCAGUAAAGAAAUCUAUCGUUCUACGGAAGAUUCUUCAUCUACAAUGAUACAAGAUUCUGAAAAUUUUAAUCAGAAAUCUGAAAUAGGCAGCAUGUACGAUCAGAAUUUAAAGGAUGACGAUAAGGAUGACAAGUGUCCGUAUUUUAUCCGUAUUUUUGUGAUCGGAUCUGAAGAUAAAAAUUCGUGGUCACAAAUGAGAAAUGUCCAUCAAAAUAACGGCUAUAAUGAAGAUUCAGAUAAAACUCAAUUGAAUUCUGGAAUGGAGACUAGAAUAGAUCAUAGUUACGAAUCAUCCGUAAAUCAAAAUUUGAUCAGGAAGAAAGAAUUCAAAUAAUGAACCAGAUGAAUACUAAUAGUAGUAACUAAUCGAUGAUUCAUUGAUAUUAAAUCUGCUUGCUGGUCAAGCAUCUAUUUACAUAUAAUCAAAAGAAAAAUUAGGAAACAAUAAUAAAAAGAAGCGACGAUAAUAUUUUAUUCCAGAAUUAUUUGUUUGUUUAUAUAAAGAUGUUUGUAAAUAACGAUCAAUAGCAUAUUACAUUAUAUCUGAAAAUA